AUGGUGCCAGAGGCGGGUCUGAGCGCUUGGUGCCUGUCCCUGGUGGUGGGUGUCCUGGAGAGGUGCCACACGCGGCAGGGCUGCCGAAGGCGGUUCUCCUCCCCAGUUCCUCCCAGAGGUGCUGGGUUUGUGUGCGGUGCGGAGGAGCCUGGCUGCCGAGCUCUGGGUCUGGGCAUCCUCUCCCGUGCUGUGGGCUGCUGCAAGCAUGUGGCACGUUCAGAGAAAGCAAGCACUUUCUAUGGGUUAAAGAUGCCGUCAGCUGCUUUGCAGAAAGCCAAGUGUCUGGUCUCAGCAGAGGCGGGUGAAGGGCGAAGGUACCCCAGGGAGCGGGAGUUGGCCCGGGAGCUGUGGGACGAGUGUGGGAGGGGGUGGGAAUACAUGUGUGUGCAUUCCCGAGUCUUGAAACGCUUCUCCCAGUUUGUCCUUGACAGGAGCUCUAAUGUGCUCAAGCAUCCUGCAAAAGUAGCGUCGUCUCCCUCAGCGAAUACGUUAGAAGUAAAUCCACGUAACUUGAAGCUCGGAUUGCAGGAGCUGGCUAUCAGCAGUUCACGUAAAGUUCCUGAUAUCCAGCCAAGGAAUGUGUACUUCCGAAAGCACAUAUUCCAAUACCCAGAAAAUUUGCAGAAGAAUUGGCUUCGGGAAUUUUAUCAGGUUGUACAUGCACACAAGCCCCACUUCAUGGCUUUACACUGUCAAGAAUUUGGAGGAAAAAACUAUGAAGCUUCCAUGUCUCACGUGGACAAGUUCGUUAAAGAGUUGUUAUCAAGUGAUGCGAUGAAAGACUACAACAGAGCUCGAGUUUACCUGGAUGAGAACUAUAAAUCACAGGAACAUUUUACGGCUCUAGGAAGUUUUUACUUUCUUCAUGAAUCUUUGAAAAACAUCUACCAGUUUGAUUUUAAAGCUAAGAAGUAUAAAAAGGUUACUGGGAAAGAAAUCUACUCAGACACUUUAGAAAGCACACCCAUGCUGGAAAAAGAGAAGUUUCCACAGGAUUAUUUCCCUGAGUGCAAGUGGUCCAGAAAAGGUUUCAUUCGAACAAGAUGGUGUAUUACUGAUUGUGCCUUUGACUUGGUAAACAUUCACCUUUUCCAUGAUGCUUCCAAUUUAAUUGCUUGGGAAACAAGCCCAUCGGUUUACUCAGGAAUACGGCAUAAGGCUCUUGGCUAUGUACUUGAUAGAAUUAUAGAUCAGCGGUUUGAGAAAGUUUCGUAUUUUGUCUUUGGAGAUUUCAACUUUAGACUGGAUGCCAAAGCAGUAGUAGAGACACUAUGUGCAAAGGCUACAAUGCAGACUAUCCGGGCAGCUGACACAAAUGAAGUAGUCAAGCUGAUAUUUCGUGAAUCUGAUAAUGACCGAAAGGUUAUGCUACAAUUAGAAAAGAAGCUCUUUGACUAUUUUAAUCAAGAUGUAUUUAGAGAUAACAAUGGCACUGCGCUUUUAGAAUUUGACAGAGAGCUGUCAGUCUUUAAAGACAGACUGUAUGAACUGGACAUCUCAUUUCCUCCCAGUUACCCAUACAGCGAGGACUCCAGCCAGGGAAAGCAGUACAUGAAUACGAGAUGUCCAGCCUGGUGCGACAGAAUCCUGAUGUCCCACUCAGCCAAGGAGCUCAUUCUGAAAUCAGAAAAUGAUGAGAAGAUAGUAAUAUAUGACCACAUUGGGCCAAAUGUCUGCAUGGGGGAUCACAAGCCUGUGUUCCUGUCCUUUCGAAUAGCUGCUGGGGCAGGUAAACCUAUUGCAAAUGUGCACAAGUGUUGUGUCGUGCAGUGAUGUGGUGGAAAAAGAUGCCUACGAAAUGAGAAGAUUUUCCGUGAAACCACACUGUAGCAAGGAGGGGAAGGAAUACGCAGUAUACUGAAAUAAAUAAUCGUAACAACUGUAUUGAUAAAUCAAGUCCCGAGUGCCACAUUUUUAGACUGCUGAUCGUACACUAUGCUUCAGCAUCUGGACUCUGUUCGAGAAAAGCCUCACAUACCUCACUGUCUUGUAUGUUCAUGUGACAUCAAGUAGAAACGUGGAAUUAUUUUUUAUAUAUAUGUCACAAUUCUGUUGCCAAAACUCUAAAUAGACAGCAGAGAUGUUAUGUAUUUUAGAUUUCACAACUUUCAACUUUUAAUAAGUGUUUGUCAAUGUGGAAAAGCUAUUUCAGCAUAUUAUAAACUUUUAAAGGUGUCAUGCCUAACAUUAUAUAUCUUUACCACUUUGGGGUUUUGUACAUUGGAUUGUAUAGAUAGAGAUAUUGAUGGUUUUAAAUGGUAUUUUCUUUGUUGACCAAGGCUUAUGGUUUGUGUUUUAGUUUUAGUAUUUUUUUCAUUUUUAUAAUUUUUUUUCUCAUGUUAUUUACUAUACUGCCAUGUUACAUGGUUUUUGAAUCACACAGCAGCUGCUUUCUAUACAUACAUAUAUGUGUGUGUAUAUAUAUGUAUGUAUGUGUAUAUAUACACAGAUAUAUAAAUAAUUUAUAAACCUGACCAAAACUUACGCUAAAUAUACUUUCCAGUAUGAAUGCUUGAGAGUGCCAUAUCAGCAGUUAGUGUUGGAGUCUUAACAGGUUUAGUUAAGUGUACAUCCACAACCAACAUUUAUAUAAGAAAUAAUAUAUAGCAGUGCCAUCCUGGAUACAGAUAUAUAGCAUACUAUAUAGCACAUAUAUUAGCAGUUUCACUUUGUUACUCCUAUAAUCCCUUCUUUCUAUGUAAUAUUAAGGAUUGAAUGUGAAGUUCUUAGCUAGGUUUGGGUGUAACUUUCCAGAAUUUUGUAAACUGUUUUUGUCCGUCUUUUGUUACUGUUUUAUGGUGCCAAGUAUUCUAUAUUGAACCAAUAACAACACGGGAGAAGAAAAUAAUAGUCUGCUUCAGGUAGCAACUGUAUUGGACACCGACUGUAUUUAUACAGCGUUAAAGAAAAAAAAACAACCUGUAAAUUUUCCUGGUUAGUAGCUCCGUGCAGCCUACAAUAUAAUCUCGUUACGAACAUUUUUCUCCCACCACUAAAUACAACAUUAAAAGGUGAUUAGGGAGUCUGUUGAUGAAACACAAAUGUAUGUUUUAUUGAUUUAAUUUAGAACACUACAGAGUUCAUGGACUGCGUGAUGGCAUUAGAUUGAUGCUUGGUUUGGGUAUAAAUCACUACCAUUGGAAAUGAUUUGAUGUCCGCUUGCAGAAUGUUUUCUCGACAGCACAGCCUGGGUUCAUACGAAGCACCGUUGCCCAAAGGGUGCCUGCAGCUCUGUACUGCUAUUGUGCCAUGUUGCAUUAUAACCACACAGUAAUUCUAUUUAAGCGAACUCAACUCAUGGUAACUUUGAAGGCCUUUAGAAAUGAGUACUCUGGUUCUCAAGCAAUAAAACUGAUCAUGGUGAA